CUGCUUUGGACUUCCUGCCUGUUCCUUUUCUCGAUUCUUCCUCCCGCCCGGAAACCCUAUCCUCCAGAUCUCCGGAGAGAGAAGGCGCAGGUGUCGGAAUAAGAUGCGGGAGAUUCUACACAUCCAGGGCGGGCAGUGCGGGAACCAGAUCGGGGCCAAGUUCUGGGAGGUGAUAUGCGACGAGCACGGCAUCGACGGCACCGGCAGAUACCGCGGCGACUCUGAUCUGCAGCUGGAAAGAAUCAAUGUGUACUACAACGAGGCCAGCGGCGGGAGGUAUGUGCCUCGAGCGGUGCUCAUGGAUCUGGAACCCGGCACCAUGGAUUCCGUUAGAUCCGGGCCGUUCGGGCAGGUCUUUAGGCCGGAUAACUACGUGUUCGGCCAGUCCGGCGCCGGGAACAACUGGGCUAAAGGUCACUACACCGAGGGCGCUGAACUGAUCGAUGCAGUUCUUGAUGUGGUGAGGAAGGAAGCCGAGAAUUGCGAUUGCCUGCAAGGGUUCCAAGUGUGUCAUUCUUUAGGAGGAGGUACUGGUUCAGGGAUGGGAACACUUCUAAUAUCUAAGAUCCGGGAGGAGUACCCGGAUCGGAUGAUGCUAACCUUCUCUGUUUUCCCAUCGCCAAAGGUCUCUGAUACAGUUGUUGAGCCAUAUAACGCCACUCUCUCAGUGCAUCAGUUAGUUGAGAAUGCUGAUGAAUGUAUGGUCUUGGACAAUGAAGCAUUAUAUGAGAUUUGUUUCCGCACACUGAAGCUUGCAACGCCUACCUUUGGUGAUCUUAAUCAUCUUAUCUCUGCUACAAUGAGUGGUGUUACAUGCUGCCUUCGGUUCCCUGGUCAGCUUAAUUCAGAUCUCAGGAAGCUGGCUGUAAAUCUGAUCCCUUUCCCACGCCUUCACUUCUUCAUGGUGGGGUUUGCCCCGCUGACAUCCAGGGGUUCCCAGCAGUACCGUGCCCUCACCGUUCCCGAGUUGACCCAACAGAUGUGGGAUGCAAAGAAUAUGAUGUGUGCUGCAGACCCGCGCCAUGGGCGCUAUCUAACUGCCUCAGCUAUGUUUCGUGGAAGGAUGAGCACAAAGGAGGUCGAUGAACAGAUGAUGAAUGUCCAAAACAAGAACUCUUCCUACUUCAUUGAGUGGAUACCGAACAAUGUUAAAUCUAGCGUGUGUGAUAUUCCUCCAAAGGGUCUUAAGAUGGCAUCCACUUUCAUCGGUAACUCAACUUCCAUCCAGGAGAUGUUCAGGAGGGUGAGCGAGCAGUUCACAGCAAUGUUCAGGAGGAAGGCUUUCUUGCACUGGUACACGGGUGAGGGCAUGGAUGAGAUGGAGUUUACCGAGGCAGAGAGCAAUAUGAAUGAUCUUGUAGCCGAGUACCAGCAGUACCAGGAUGCAACGGCUGAUGCGGAAGAAGUGUAUGAGGAAGAGGGAGAAGGAGAGACAGCUUAGUCGAUUCUUCUAUUACAAGUUGGUGUUCUUAUUUCUGCUCGAAGCAGAAAAUGAGAAUAUAAUUGGUCAUGCUUCCAUUUCUCAAGACAUGUUUGUGUGUCUCUAUUAGUAGUCAGUCAUAUAAUUCUGAGUUUGUUUGAAUGUUGGGGUCUCAUGCAUUUUUCUUCGAAUAUAGAUUUUGUACAAAUUAUAUUAAAUAUGAGGAUUGAUGUUGGUUUUUAUUA